CAUAGUUAAUUGAGGGGACUGGUUAUGAAGCUCGGCGAAGAACAAAGGACUAUGUCUUUGUUUACGUUUUUAAAGGUCACGUGACAAUGACCGUGCACACAUUUUCAAGAUGGCGUCGCUUGCCUGUGCGCGUGUUCUCGAACGGUGAAAGCUUAAAGUUAAUUUAGAGCGUAUUGGAAAAGAUUUAUUGGUCACACAGGUGUUGAACAGUUAGAGAAGUAGUUUGUGUUUGUGUAUUGCGAAAUGCCUGGCGAUAACUGUGCGGUUUUCGGCUGUGGCUCGUGUAGAAGGACGAAAGGAAUCGGGAUUUGGAAGCUGCCUUUCCCGAGAAACGACGAGUACAAGAAGUGGAGACUGGAGUGGCUAAAUGAGAUAAAGAAGACUCGUGAAGUUGAUAGCGAUUUCCAGAAACAGAUUGAUGGUGACAGAGUUUAUACAUGCGAGAAGCACUUCGCUCCUGAGGACAUAGAGAUAUUUCAAACGGCGAAAAUGACAAAGAAGAAACCAAUGUUUGGGGCUCUACCUGUUCGGAACAUGCCAAAGAGAAGCCACGAAACGGACAAGACGACUCGAAGGCCGCCAAAAGUUGUAGUGACUGUCGAGGAGACUACUAGUUGUUCCAGAUACUACAAGAAUUUUAGAGACCUGUGUAAACGUGUCAAGUCCCUCAAAACUCUCAGUGAGUGGACUCAACAAGAACUCGAGGACAGGAUUGUCUUAAAGAAAAUUCUGCCUUCGUUACAGAUUCCAGAGCUCGAAAUAGUAAUCGAUGACAGCCUCGGUUUUACUAUUCUUGUUUACGGAUGGCUACUACCUGAAGACCAUGAACUUUACACUAAAAACUUUAGGUCCAUAAACAACAUUACAGCAUCGGACCUUGUGAAACAUGUGGAACGUUGUUUGAUUUGCCCUGGAGUAGAGACGAAUGUAUUUACUGGAUCA